AUGCAUGCGCCCCUCCAUGCGCCUCGCCGCGGCCCUUCGCGCGCCUUCGCACCGAAUUUCGCCCCGCCUGUCGUAUCUCGCCAGCAUUUCUUCCCAUCUCAUUCCCCUCCUCCUCUCCCUCUCCCUCUCCCUCUCCCUCACCCGCUCCCCUUUCCAUCUACAGCCAUUGGCAGCGGGGGAGAGGGCGCAGUGCGAGCGGCAGCGGAGUCAGGGAGCGAGAGGAGGAACGAGAGGAGGGGCGGCAUGGCGGGGUCGGCGCGGCUGCAGCGUCUCUGCCUCACCACACACCGCCAGCUGCUCGCACAGAGCGUCGUUGCCCCUACACCCGUCGCCGCGCAGCUACGUGUGAGGGCGUGGCAGAGGGGGCGGACGGGGGGAGGCGGAUGGAGGGAGGGAGCAGGGCAGGGCGCAGGGGAGCAGGUGUGUGGGCGAUUGGGGAGAAUGGCGAGCAGCAAUGACGUUUGGAGAAGCGGCAGGGAGGGCAGCAGCAGCAGCUGGGGCAAUGGGAGUGGCAGCAGUGGGGGCAGGCGACGGCAGGCAGGCAGCAGCAGGCGCAGCAGCAGUGGUGCGUGGCGUGGCGUGUGUGGUGCUGCGAGGCCAGCGCUGUGGCUGCCAGGGGCGCACGGCAGUGAGCAGCGGUGCCGCACGCCAAGGGCGGGCAGGAGGGUGCGCGCUGUGGGUGGCGGGGCUGGGGCGGAGCAAGGGGGAAGAGAGGUGAGUGACGAGGGGAGAGAGGAGGAUGUGGGGAGGAGUUCACAGGUGGCGGGGCAAGGCCUUGCAUUGGGGGCAUCGGGGGCGAUGGAGAAUGAGAAAGGGAAGGAGGAGGGGGAGGAGAAGGGGAAGGAGGGCACGUGGGCGGGCAGCAGCCACCGCGUUCUGUUCUGCUCGCAGUGCGGCUCUCCCACCAAUCACAUUGUGCCACCUGGGGACGACAAGCCGAGGGACGUGUGCAGCAGCGAGCGGUGUGGGCGCGUGCACUACGCCAACCCCAAAGUGGUCGUCGGCGCGCUGUGCCUCUGGGAGGGCAAGGUGCUGCUGUGCCGAAGGGGCAUCCCGCCGUGUGAAGGCAUGUGGGGCUUCCCUCAAGGGUUCUUGGAGCUGGGGGAGUCGUCGAGGGAGGGUGCGGAGAGGGAGGUGCGUGAGGAGGCGUGCGCAGAGGUGCGAGUGAGAAGCCUGCUGGCCGUCUACAACAUUCCCAACCAGGUGCAGAUCAUCUACCUCGCUGACCUACUGUCGCCACACUGCGCUGCUGGCUCAGAGACGCUAGAAGCGGGUCUCUUUGGGUGGGACGACAUUCCCUUCCAUGACCUCGCCUUCCCCACUGUGGCAUGGGCGUUGGAGCACGCACGGCAGCAGCUGCAGCACCCACAGACGCUCAUUCAGCCGCAGCUGAGGACCAAAGUGGUCGGCACCACUGGCAUGUUCAGCGGCUCCUAUGUGGAUGCAUAA